AUGGACAGCCCCAAUCAAAGCACCACUCAGGAGUUCAUCUUUUAUUCCUGGGAAUGUCCUGUCACCUGUUUUGUUUCACUGCUCUUCGUUUACACUUUCAUUGUCUUUGGAAACCUGGUCAUCACCGCAGUGGUCCAGCUGAAUGUUCACCUCCACACUCCCAUGUACUUCUUCAUCAGCACCCUUUUUGUCCUGGAGAUCUGGUGCACCACAUCGACCAUACCAAAGAUGCUCACCAGCCUGCUGAGUGAAAAAAACAUUUCCUUAAAUGGUUGUCUCCUGCAGAUGUAUUUCUUCCAUUCCACCGGCAUCAGCGAGGUUUGUCUCUUGACAGCUAUGGCCUUUGACCACUACCUGGCCAUCUGUAACCCUCUUCAUUAUCCCACUAUCAUGACGCCCGGGCUGUGUGCCCAGCUGACUUUCAGUUGCUGUGUUUGUGAUUUUAUCACACCCCUUCCUGAGAUUGCCUGGAUCUCCACGCUGCCAUUUUGUGGCUCAAAGCCCCUUGAGCAUAUCUUCUGUGACUUCCUCCCCGUGCUACGCUUGGCCUGCACAGACCCACAAGCCACUGUCAUGAUUCAGGUAGUGGAUGUUGUCCAUGCAGUGGAGAUUAUUACGGCCGUGAUGCUCAUUUUCAUGUCCUAUGUUGGUAUUGCGGCUAUGAUUCUACAUAUUCGGCCAGCUGAAGGGACACAGGCAUUUUCCACGUGCAUUUCCCACCUCACUGUCUUUCUGCUCUUCUUUGGCAGUGUGACCCUCAUGUACCUUUGCUUCUCUGCCACCUACUCCAUAUUUGGGGAUACAGUCAUUGCUCUGGCCUUCGCAGUUUUUUCCCCCUUCUUCAACCCCAUAAUCUAUAGUCUGAGGAAUAAAGAAAUAAAGGAAGCUAUAAAAAAACACUGGGGUCAAGCUAAAAUCUUUUUUCAUAAGACCAAGGACCUCAAGUAA